UCUUUGACGGGCUGUGGUCGACUUUGGAACUGAUACGACGAGAAAAGGUCAUUAACGGACAAUUACUCUCCGUCAUCAGCCUGAAAGUCAGUGAAGCUAUGAAGGUGUGAUAUAUUGCAAUGUGUUGGUCUGUAUGAUUCAUUUCUUUCUAUAAUUAGCAACUGAAAUUCCCCGAAGCGCUGCCAUCAAAGCUGACAAAGGGACGACACGGUGAGUCAAGGUGCUCCACCAUUGUCUGCACGUUUAUUUAUAUACACCUUCACCACCAACAAAAUGGUCUCGAUGGAAAACAAAGCUGUGUGAUAAUAGCUUAUAGCUUUUCGAUUUUAUUUUAUUUUUUUUUUUUAUUUAUUUUUUUUUUUUGCCAUUAGAUGAGAGCUCGAAUCGAUAUAUGCUCAGGAUUCUCAUGUAGUUCGUAGACCAAAGUUUCGACUUCACUCUUGUCUAAUGUAAAUGCCGUGUGCACAAAGGCCUGUGUAUGUGCAUUUCUGCUGAAUUUAUGAGCCCUCACCCUUUACGUGGAAAGAAUAAACUAAGUACGAUGGAAAGUGAACGACCACCUGCAAAAGAAGAAGAGUCAGGGGAGCCAGCAUCGCUGAGCAAAAAGGAACUCCGUGAGUUCUGGCGACAGACGAUCCAGCGUUUCUACCCAGAUCGCCAUACGCGGCCUUACUGCGUGCCUCCUGUCUUCUUCAAGCGAGUUCCUUAUGAAAUGAAAAAUGUGGCUGAACAGCGGGUUCUCGUACCUCUUUCAUCUUACAACGGGCUUCACGUUCCCGUUGAAGGCGACUGUCAGUCUCUAGAGCCACACCCCUUUUCAGGGAGCAUACCUAUGGACCGUGGCGGGGACACCACCCCGACAGCUGGCAGAGUGUGGUCCGGGAUGUCGGAUCAGGCCGAGCCGUCCUUGCUGAGAGCUCACGACUCCGACAUGCGAAGUGAGGAUGCACAGGAGCAGGUUUUGCGAUGUCUGAUGGAAUUCUUCUCCAGCGGCGAUCAGACUAGUCGUUCCAACACUUCUGGAACUGAGGAACAUAAAGCUUGCUUGAUCCUGUCGGAACUCGAUUUCCUCGACUACUUGAACGAGGAGCACUACGCGGCGGCUGCUCAAGUCAACGAAGAGAUGCGGUUUCCACGGGCGCGUGACAAGAAGCACUUCAGAAACGGACGAGGGGGAGAUUUCGAUGUUUUGGUGAUUCACCGCCACCGUGGAAUACUAGCCGGCGAAAUCAAGUCCGUGGGGUCUUGGAGCGGAGGGGGGCAAGAUGAAGACGAUGACAAGGCCAAGAAAGAUAGACGAGAGAGCGACGUGAUCAAUAAAGUCCAGAAAGCGGCCGAGCAGAUGAAAAAGUCCGAGAACCUGUUGAAUCACCUUCUGAGUGACCUGGAGUUCAAGCCGCCUAUAAAAAUGACCAUGAUUCUGCCCAGCGUUAAAAGGUGUCGUCUGCUGGAGAUUCUGGAAAAAGAGGAAAAUAAGAAGACACUGAAGGCGCUGUGCAAAGGCCUGGGUUUGAAUCCCGCCUCUGCAAAACGUGCUGUGGAGCUCUGUCUGUGUGAAGACGAGAUGAAGGAGACCACAACUUCCUUGCGAAUGGACAGGAUGUGUAAGUGGUGGGAUCUCCGAAUGCCAGGCGGGAACAACUGUUCUUUAGGAGAAUCUCAGUACGACGAGAUAUUUGCAAGGUUUUGCGGACCCGCCACAACCGUUUUUGUCCGCUGUAUAACGCGGCCUCGUCUUGAGAUUCGAACUCUGGGUCAAGCCGUCUCGGAACUCGGCGAGCGCCUGACCUCCCUGGUUCUCACCUACCGCCAGUUGGAGCUGCUGUCUUCCAGAGAUCCCCUUGUUUUGCUGACGGGGCCACCCGGCACGGGCAAGACGGUGGUGCUGACGCUUCGCGGCUUGCAGUGGCUACAGGAGGGUCACACGGUGCACGUGGUCAGCACGCGCCCGGCCAACUACGGCGUCUCACGCCUCAUUUGUAACCAUCUGCAACGGUCGUUCCACCCGACUCACCCUGAGUCCCAUGGCGGGUCAUCCGCUGCAAUAGAUCGCGUCGUGCCGCAUUUUCUGGACUUCUAUGAGGCCACCAACAUGAGGGCGAUCGUGAAGACGCUGGAGGAAAAAGCUGAGAACGGCCAUCUUCACAUCAUCGUCGCUGACGAAUACGGCAGUGGUGACGGAGACAAGGCAAAACGUUAUCGUGUCUUCGUCGAAGAGUUGAAGGAGCGGGUUCCUUCAUCUCCAUUUCUGGUCAGCAGUUCUAAGGCGAGGCUGGCAUGAGGCAAACCCGAUAUUGAAAGAAGAAAUGAUAACAGACCCUCUGAGGUCCUCCCCACUGGUGCAGAAAGAGGUCCAGAAAGGUUUCAGUGGCUUGAAAGAUGUGUACCCUUACUCCAGCGCGGGUGUACCGUCACCAUGCGACGGACCAAUGUCAUACAUCUGCGACAUGGGGGCGAAGGUCACCAGGGCACUUGGCCCACCGACUGCAGGCAGUGUGGGCGAAACAUCGGCGACAAACUCCGAGAACUUGGAGUGGGUGUUGCGG